GUUAGGUACUACAUAAGCUGUUGCGGCCGGCAAGCUCCAGCUACGCCACGGCGCCAGGACAGGCUUCCCGUCGCGGGCGCACUUCCCUUUGGUCGCUACAUCCAACACGUCAACUUCUCCUUUUGGUCUCCGUCGCAACGACAACAGACAGCCUAAAUAACGGCUGUCGAUUUUCAAACUCUUUACCAUGCUACCGUUAGGCAUCCUCACCGCGGCGCAAGGCCACCCCAUGCUCGUUGAGCUCAAGAACGGCGAAACCCUCAACGGCCACUUGAUCCAAUGCGAUACAUGGAUGAAUCUGACACUAAGGGAGGUUGUUCAGACCAGCCCGGAAGGCGAUAAGUUUGUGAGGUUACCAGAGGUUUACGUCAAGGGAAAUAACAUCAAAUAUCUUCGAGUACCGGACGACGUGAUCGACAUUGCAAGGGAGCAGCAACACAGCCAACACGGUGGACACAGAGGCGGCCGCGGCGGCGGACAGAACAGAGGCGAUUAUGGCGGCCGUGGCGGCCGUGGCGGACGAGGAGGGGGCGACAGAGGUGGUCACAGGGGAGGCCGCGGCCGUGGCAGGGGCGCAUGA